CCGAGGUACAGACGAGAGACAACCUCUGGCCCCCCAGCAGCUGGCCAGCUUUUGCAACCUCAGUCCUGAGCCCCUAAGUCCCCUCCCCCGUCCCCAUCCCCUUCCCCAUUGAAGGAGCGGAAAGAGAAGAGAGAAGAGUGAGCAGACAGAUUGAGAAAGAGAGAGAGAGACAGAUAGCCGGAGAUCUCUGGAGCAGACCUCAAGGUGACUUCCAUUUCUACCUGGUUCACGUCGGGGGGGGCCCUGGCCGGGCAGCCCCCCCACAUUUCUCCUGCCCUGAAACACGGCUCUAGCCAACCUGCUCCGCUGCUUCACCUGCGACCGCCUGUGUGGGGGCUGCACCGCACCAGCCCCUCCGGCCCGCCAGGGCAUCGUCCUCCAGCCCGUCAUGCCCAGCUGUGACCCUGGCCCGGGCCCCGCCUGCCUCCCCACCAAGACGUUCCGUAGCUACCUGCCCCGCUGCCACCGCACCUACAGCUGCGUCCACUGCCGUGCACACCUGGCCAAACACGAUGAGCUCAUUUCCAAGUCCUUCCAAGGGAGCCAUGGCCGAGCCUACCUGUUUAACUCCGUGGUCAACGUGGGCUGUGGGCCAGCGGAACAGCGGCUUCUGCUCACGGGGCUUCACUCGGUAGCUGAUAUUUUCUGUGAGAGCUGCAAAACCACACUGGGCUGGAAAUAUGAGCAAGCCUUUGAGACGAGCCAGAAGUACAAGGAGGGAAAGUACAUUAUUGAAAUGUCACACAUGGUGAAGGACAACGGCUGGGACUGAGGGGCUCAGGCAGGCAGUGCCCUUCCUCCGCAUGCCCCACCCUCCCACCCCUGUCCCCUGGCCCUGCCAAGAGUCCAUACCAGCAUGAGUACUGCCCCACCCCUGGGGGGACCCCGGCUCCCACCAACCCCUUCCGCCUCCACCUCUUCACUCCCAGGCCUCUUUGGAACAGGGGUCUGGGAUACCCCAGGGGUGUUCAAAGCUCAGGAGUGGGCAGCAGUCAGGGAGACGCAGAACUGGGAGAAAGGAUCCUUGUGGGUCCUAUAAAUGGAGGCGACGGCGGGGGCAUGCACUCGGGCAGAGGACCAUGGGAGGAAUCAGUUUUUGAUCCUUUUCAAGUGAACACAGGACAAGGCUUGAGUCGGGGCUGGCAUAGCCUGGGCCACAGAAGAGCAGAGCGAAGGUUUGGAUUGGAGUGAAAUUUUGGCCUCAGACACAGGGAAAUACCAGUCUUUGAGGUGACACAUCCCACCCCAUUAGUAGGAUUCUGGGGGUAGAAGGGAAAAAUCCCAAACCCCAGGCCCUGGGAAAUAAAGGAAUCACAGAGGUUCCCAUUUCACUCCACUUGUUUCUCUUGGCACUAAAGAGGCACUUUCCAGUAUCUAACCUUUGCCACUGUGUGGGGUGGGGGAAGCUGCCCCCGGAGCAGCGCCCACCUCCAGCUGGCUGUUCCUGGAGCAAGCCGUCUCUGUGGGCACUCGAAGCCCAGCCACUGCUCCCGGGGACCCAGUUUCUCGGAGGCGAGGUGGGAAAUCAGUGCCACGGGGGCCAGGCUUCCUCGUGGCUGCCACCAGCGAACGAAACUUUUGUAUGAUACAUAAAGUGUUUGGGUCUAUUUUUAAUAA